UUUUUUGAAGAGAAGUGAAAAAGAAAUUUAGAGCAAAACAAAAUGUCAUCGACGAAAACAGAAAACCCUUCUUCGCUCUCACUCUCGUGCUCUCCCUCUCGCUCUCAGCCAAAACCUAAGGCUCAGAAGAAGAGCUAUGGCAAUGGGGUCUUUGGAGACGUAUACAGUAUAGUCAAAGAGAUGGAGAUCGAUCUUCAUAACUCUCCCUUCGAUUUUCGAUUUCAGAUACCCAACUUUCCCCAUGAUACUUUGGGCAGCAGAGAGGUUCGCGAGUUUAUGAGCGGAGCCCUUGCUGGGGCCAUGACCAAAGCCAUACUUGCUCCUCUUGAGACCAUCAGGACAAGAAUGGUAGUUGGUGUUGGUUCAAAAAACAUUGCCGGUAGUUUUGUUCAGGUUAUAGAGCAGCAGGGAUGGCAAGGAUUGUGGGCUGGAAACAUGAUCAAUAUGCUUCGUAUAAUUCCAACACAAGCUGUUGAGCUUGGCACAUUUGAGUGUGUAAAGAGGGCAAUGACAUCGGUGCAAGAGAAAUGGAAACAGGAUGAAUACCCCAAGUUAAAGAUAGGAUGCAUCAAUUUGAACUUUUCCUUAUGUUGGAUUUCACCAGUUGCUGUGGCUGGGGCAGCUGCAGGAGUUGCUAGCACGCUUUUAUGCCAUCCCCUGGAAGUUUUGAAGGAUCGGUUAACUGUGAGUCCCGAAGCCUACCCUAAUUUGGGCAUUGCAAUUAGAAAUAUUUAUAAAGAUGGUGGUAUUGGCUCUUUUUAUGCUGGUAUCUCACCAACUCUAGUUGGCAUGCUCCCAUACAGUACGUGUUAUUAUUUCAUGUAUGAUACAAUGAAAAAAUCAUACUGCCAGACCAGAAAUAAGAAAUCUUUAAGUCGUCCAGAGAUGCUUUUAAUUGGAGCUCUAGCAGGUUUUACUGCGAGUACAAUUAGCUUCCCAUUGGAGGUGGCUAGGAAGCGCCUGAUGGUGGGAGCUUUGCAAGGUAAGUGCCCACCAAACAUGGCAGCAGCACUUUCAGAAGUUAUUAGAGAAGAAGGUCUGAAGGGUCUCUACAGAGGAUGGGGUGCAAGCUGUUUAAAGGUCAUGCCAUCCUCUGGCAUCACAUGGAUGUUUUAUGAAGCAUGGAAAGACAUACUGCUUGUCCCGAAGGGUUAUUCCUUGUAGCCUAAUAAGGUUACGUGGGUUUGUAGCUCUACAAGUCAUACUAGUUAACCAUUAACAUUUUUUAGUUUUUGACUUUAAUAAGAACGGGGGAUAAGCAUAAUACUGGGUAAGAAGAAAAAAAAAGAUUCGAAUAACCGUUUUGCCAUGGCAGCCAGCUGUCAAGUUCAUGGUAAUGGUCAGUUCUACUAACCAACUGGUUACUCAGUCUUGUAAGUUUUCAUGUUUUGAUAAUUGAUUUGGGAAGAUUCUCAUCGAAGAGAAAGGGUGAAGAAUGUGGGUUUGGGAGAAGUUUCCUAUAUUUUUUCCUUUCAUUACAACGGUAAUAAUGUGAUCAGAUUGUAUCGGUUGAGUUGAUGU